AUGGCGAAUAAGAUAAUCCCCAUGGAAGCCGUUGCGAGUCAACGCAAGCUGGUGGGGGGUUGGCGUCCGCGUAAGGGGAAAUACCUCCUGGCGCUCUGCACCACUGGACGACUGACCAAUCAGAACCUCUCCUUUCCUUUCUCUACCUCUCCUCUAUGUCCUCCCAUUUCCCCCUCCCUCCUUAACCCCCUCCCACUUUACCCCCUCCCUCUUUCCCCCCUCUUUCAACCUCCCUCUCCCCAUCCCUCUCCACAUCUCUCUCCCCAUCCCUCUCCCCAUCCCUCUCCCCAUCCCUCUCCCCAUCCCUCUCCCCAUCCCUCUCCCCAUCCCUCUCCACAUCCCACGUGUAAUCACGAGUGGACGCUGCGAGUGCUGCUGCGAGAGGUGCCUGGGAUCAAGCUAGCGGACAAGAAAGGCCGCCCGAUAGCUGUGAAUCAGAGCCUGGUGGAUAGGAUGGGGAAGGUCCGGUUGGAGAAGCUUCUAGAAGCUGUAGAGGUGGUGGAGGGGGAGGAGGAGAGGGCGGAGGCGGGGGAGGUAGGAGGAGCGGAGGAGCGAGAGAGUCAGACUGACUCUUCAGGGGGUGAGCAAGGCAAGGAGCAAGUAGGAGGGAGCGGAGCAGUGGGAGGGGAGGCAUCAGCAACAGCAGGUGCAAGUGAAGCUGUGGGUGCGGCAGCAGGAGUCAGUGGCGGGGAGGGAGCAGCGGCACGGAGAAGACUGAAUGAGGUGGGAAGUGGUGCAGAGGGGCAGGGCACACAAAUAGACGAAGGUGCUGCUGCAGCAUCUCAGGCAGCACCGGCAGCGGGAGUUUCAGAAGCACCACCAUCAGCUGCUACAGUCGGCACCACCACCUCUGACAGCAAUGAUGAGGAGCCCAGUCUGCCUGCCGGCCACAUCCUCACCUUCGGGGAUUUGGCGGGAACGUCUGUGAUUGGCCAUGACUGGCUGUUGGAAUCAGCACUGCCACUCGUGACCGUCCCUCCGGACUGCAGCAACCUGUGGCGGCCGCACGCUGCUGUGAUGGAGUUCGUGGAUGGCUUUAUUGCAACGCACCUGCCAUCUCCCUUCAUGGCCGUGCACCUCAGGCGGGGCGAUUUCUCGGGGCAUCUAAAGAAGCAGAGCUACAAGCGGCAUGUGUUCCUGCCCAUAGAAGCAGUUGGGACGUUCAUUCUCUCCCGCGCCGCUGCUGCCAGCCUGCACACUGUGCUGCUCGCUUCUGAUGGCACUGAAGCUGAAGUGUCCAUGCUCUCGCACAUGCUCACAGCCAGCAACGCCACCAGGCUGGUGACGUUGCAUGAGAGCCGCUUCGCAUGGGCCGACACACACAACGAGCCCUGGGGGCGAGCUCUAUUGGCUCUAGAGCAGAGCCUACCCGAGGGGGGAGGCAAGGGGGUGGUGCGGGCACUGGCAGAGAAGUACAUCUGUGCGCGGGCUCACGUGUUCUAUGGCACGGUUUACUCGACGUUCUCCACGGAUAUCAUCAGGAUUCGGGCGGCAGAAGGGGUGGCAAACUGCAUGGAUGGGAAGGUGGGGGAGGACGGUUAG